AUGGAUGUUCAACUUCCACCUCCACCACCACCACCACCACCAGCAUUUUUUGUUGAAACGACAACGCCACAAAUAACAAUACCACCACCGCCGCCGCCACCGUUUCCUCCUUCAGAAUCAGUCAUUACAACAACAACAACAGCACCACCACCACCUACAACUGCAGCUGCUCCUCCAACUCAAGAACGUAUUUGGUUACAUCCAUGGACGGCAACUGAAAUGCGUCAACAGGCAUCACAAUGGACAUUAGCUGGCGAUGCUGGUUUAUUACUUUCUUUGGAACAAUUUUCGGAUAAAUUAGUUCAACGCGCUGAUGCUAUUCAACAACAUUUAAAUCAGACAGUGAAUGCUGUUAAAAGUACGCAUACACGCGUUCAAAAUUGUCUGAAUGAAUUUACGUCAUUAGCUAAUACCCAAUUCAUUGAAAAUCGUGUGUACGAUGAAGAUGAAACAAUUAAUGCGAAAGCAUCGAAAAAAGAUGAACAAUCGACUGAAAAAACUGUCAGUAAUAGUGAAGCACAAGAAAAAGUGUUACAACGUUAUGUUGAAGCUAUUCAAUAUGGUUUAGCUAUUCUUGACACACAUUUUGAACAUGUUGAAGCUAAAUUAGAUAAUAUUCAAAAUGGUGCUUCAUCAUUAGCUGAUGACGACGAAGAUGUUGGAGUACCCGUUGAACCUAUACUAGAACCCAAAGAUCCUUACAUAUUUCGUCCAUUACCGUAUUUAAUUGGCACAACAGAAUUUAUGCAAGAUGACUUCGUUGGCUUAGGUGAUUUAUUAAAUACACAUGAUGAAGAAACAUAUGAUGUUGAACAAAUUGAAAAAGUUGAAACAGAUUCAGCAUUAUCAAGUUCUGAUCAAGAAGACGAUGAUUUUCAAGUUCAAGUAUCUCAGGCACCAAUCGUUCCUGCUGGUGCUAGUCGUCCAGAUUUAGCAAACAGACAAAUACCUCCAGUAACAACAACGUCGGCCUUAACUGAUAGUGAAGAUGACGAUGAUCCAUUUGGUAUGAAUACUGGUCCGAAAUUCGAUGAUUUGGUAUCAAAGAAACCACUUUUCAAUGAUAAUUUAUUAAAAGAAUCGAACAUGCCGAUUACACAUAACACACAAAAUUUUAAUGAAGAAUCAGAUAAUGAAGAGAGUAGUUUAUUUGGUAUUCCGCCUCAGAAACUUCCAUCUAAUAUUGAAAAAAACAAUGAAUCAUCAACAUUAGAAGAGUUAGAUGAAACUGAAGAACCAAAACAACAAAUGGGAGGUAUGCCGUUACUUACUGGUGGACAAAAGGGUAUGUCGGAACUGGAAAAAGCGGUUUUACGUCGCCGAAAAGCGAUGGGUGAUCCCGACGUACCAAUCGAUGAUGACGACGAAGAGGAUUCGAAAAAGCCGACUAAAACUAAAUCUCGACCAGAACAGACACCAGCCAGUGUGAUUCCAAACCUUCCUUCACAACCCGGAGCAAGAACAGCGACAACAACAGAAAAGAUUUCUAGACCAUCAAUAUUUGGUGGCAAUGCUCCAGUUGAUGAUGAUGAUGAUGAUGACAAUUUGUUCAAUGAUCCACCUAAAUUAAUACCAUCAACAACAACAACAACAACAACAACAACAGUUACCAAAACGGAUAAAAAGCCGUCCACAAUAAUUCUACCCAAAAAAGAAAAAGAUCCAUUUGAUGAAGACGAUGAUCUAUUUGGAUUCGGGAAUGAUAAUACUCCAUCAUCAUCCAUACCAAUAAAAAAGAACGAACAAAAGUCAAAUAUUCAACCAAUAAUAAUCACUAAACCAACGUCAUUUAUUCCACAAGCAGAAAGUGAUGAUGAAGACAUUUUUCAACAGAAAAAAUCACCGUCAAAACCAAUUCCAACAGUACCAAUAGCGAAUACUAUUGAAAAGGCUAAAUCGCCUAGUUCUGAUGAAGAUCUUUUCAAAGCACCCACAAUUACGAAGCCAUCAACAACACCUGCCAAAAUAACAAAACUGUCUGAUGAUGAAGAUACAUUAUUUAUUAGUAAACCUCCAGUACAAAAAUCAACGAUACCUGUUUCUUCUCCGCCAGUUAAAAAACCUGUCAGUCUAUCUGAUGAAAAUAGCGAUGAAGAAAUAUUUGGUAUAACAAAUUCUAAACCAACAGUACCAAUAAUCCAAGUAAAACAAGCUGCUGCUCCUCCUACCAAAAUCGUCGACAAAAAAGAUGAUGCUGACCUAUUCAAUAAAUCAAAAACGAGCCCUAAACUUCCACCAACAACUCAAUUACAAAAGGUUGUUCCACUUAGUGAAACGGACGAUGAAGAUGAUUUAUUCAAUACAUCAACUUCUAAACCUAAAGUAUUGAUCAAAGACACUCCACAAGUCAUUUCACCUUUGAAAUCUAAUGAUAAUGAUGCAUUAUUCAGUACACCAGCAGCGAAACCUAAAGCUAUAUCUAAACAAGAGGAUGACGAUGAUGACUUAUUUCCUUCAAAAUCAAGUCAAAUUAAAUUGCCAGCAGCUAAUGUAUCAUCACCGUUACGUUCGAAAACAGUAGAAACAUCUAAAAUCGACACUUAUCAAGAUCCUUUAUCAGUAAAUAAAAAACCUACUGAACCUACAACCCAACCGGCGACUACCAAGGGAGUAACCACUCCGGCUGCUGCUCAAUUAGAAAGGAAAUCCAGCUCAGAUAGUGACGAAGAAGAAUCAUCUCGCAAACGACAACUAAAUCCAGCAAAAUUGAAAGAUGGUGAAAAAGUCGACGUUCGCAAACUUUUAAAAACUAUAAAUAUCAACCCGAACGCUCUUAAACCAGGUACACGUCCAAAAGCACGUUCAAUUACUGAAGAAGCACCUAAGUCAUCAGUCGUCGAUGAUGGCAACUCUACGCCUAGUACUGAACCUACACCUGCACCUGCACCUGCACCCACUGCUGUGAAAAAUUUGCCAAAACUUGAUUCGGAGAGCGACGAUGAGGAUCUCUUUACAAGUAAGAAAAAAGUAGUACCACCUGUUUCGGUUGCAGAACAAAAGAAGAAAACUGACAUUGAAACUGAAAAAGUUAAUGUCAAAGAUAUUUCGUCACGUAUUAAAAUAAAUCCAAUGAUGCAUAUGCCAGGUGCUCAAACUAAACAAGUUGCGAAUGAAGAACAUGAAUCAAGUGUGAAUACACAAACAACUUCAACUGAAACAUUAAAAGAAGAAUCAACAGUCGAUAAAACUAUGCUUAAUAUGUAUAAAGAUCGAGCUAAAGUAUCGGUCAAAAAUCGAGCGCCACCAACAAGAAAAACUCGUUCAAGUGGAGCAGCAGCAGCUUCGUCGGCGAAUGAAACUGACGAUCUCUUUGGUUUAUCUAGUUCAAAUGAAGCUGCUCCAUCAUCUUCUCCUACUACUAUUCCAGUAAUUUCUCCGCCUACUGUUUCAGUAACUCCUCCUCCGCCAGCACCUGUAACAGGUUUGUUAGAUACUACUGUUGCUGCUGGCACUGCUAAUGCUGCUAUAUCUGAUAAAAAAACUAACGUGAAACAAAAGAAAGCCUUUUCGCUUUUUGAUUCUGAUGAUUCUGAUACUGAUGAAUUGCUAUUUGGUUCUAAAAAUAAAUCGUCGGCAGUAUCGAAACCAUUACCAACAACAACUACUGCUACAUCAUCCACAACACCAAAAACAACUAUAAAGCCAUCAGUUCUAGCAUUAGAUGACGAUGAUAGUGAUUUUCUAUCAAAACGACCCAUUAAAAAGGGUACUAAACGAAUGGAUAAUGACGAUAUAUUUGCUGAUGUUAAAACUAAAACUCAACAAACAAAUAAGGCUAAAAAAGAUUGGUCAAUUAUGAAUAAAGCAGCAAUAGAUGAUACAGAUGAUAUUUUUAAUGAAGUUUCAACAAAGUCUUCCGCCAGUUCAAAAUCGAAGCCCGUCAAUGUGAAAAAUAAGACGAUUAAAGACUUGGACGAUAUUUUUGAUGAUCCACUUAAUAUUUCAACCAAAUGA